AAGCAGCCCGUACAGUAUGCAGUUCUUGCUAUCUAGUACAAUACUGUUCGGCCAAAUGCCGCCGCAUGCAUUGGAGCACCCAUAUGAGAGAUUGCACACCCGGUCUGAUCAAGGCUUGGCGUCCAAACUGGCAUCUGGAAAAGCGAAAACCCAAAUACUUUGAACAACUCCCUGUGGCACUGAACUUUGGCGCCAGAUACCUUUGGGGCAAUCAUGCGGCGGUCGACAUACUACGGCUAGAAGAGAACGAGGGGGUAAAGUACCAAGGAGAUCUAGAUUUACUAUUCAUUGGUCUGUCGCCCAAUACUCGUUAAACCACGCCAUGUUAUCAUUCCCCCUUAGCUUACCAAUACCUAAUUAGGCUGUGGAGAUCUCAGAGACGUCAUGAUAACGGUCAACAAAAUCCCCCCCAGAUACCCCGGGAAAAUAAAGAUCGAAAUCAGAGAGAGAGAUUUGGAUAUUAUCAGCCGUAUAUAUAUGAUUAUAAACGCCCUCAUCCUCCCCGCUGACUCACCCCCUACCCCAGAGGAUAUCGUACACCUAUGGUACUCAGCGUUUAUGCCAGAAUCGCUCGACAAAUGGAUAAGGGGACCUUUUUAUAGGCACGUCGAGAAGCUAUGUCGGGAGGUGUACCAACGAUCUGAAGUACCGAAAAGAUUACUAGCAAACUUCAUUUAUCCUGAGGUAGAACUACCAAUCCCAUAUAGGUCAGACUCAGAUACCAUGGUGGAUCUCACAUUAAGUUUCCCGAAAUGGUUCCGUUUGAUACGCCUCCUGAGAAGAAAACCUGCAUGGAAAGAAGCUCGCGAAGCCCGCGAACUGGUAAUGGCAUGCCCCGAAAGACUCGACAGUAGACAACGUUAUCUAGCACGACAACCUUGUGGUGAGCGACCAUCUCAUGAGAAAUUCGCGUACGAUGGGAUCCUACUGCCAUAUGGUCGGAAUAGGUCUAUUUUUACCAAACCCAAUUUUACCCUAUUUGAUUGUUUAGAUGAUGAGUUGAGAUGGAUCCCAGAUGAUACAAUGUCGCCUGAGCACGGUUGGUCUCGAUCCGAAUUUCACAAGUUUCAUUCGGGUCUAGCAAGAAACGACGUACUCGGGAAGCUAUACUACUAUCUCGUAGACGUCAUCACUACCUUCCGCGACCAAAUCCAUAGUCUUGACAUUAAAUUUCAUAUCACACAUAGUGAAACCCGUCAUUUAGUAGGCCCUUUGCGCGCUGACCGACCAUUCGACCGAAUACUGGUCUCCGGUAUAGACGAAAACUAUAUACCGAUAGAUUUUACCGGAUGGCUUGGCACAUUUCUCAAGCCCUCGAAUCCCCACGCGACUCUUAUAGCGCCAUACAGGCAGCCACUAAAAUGCCCCGAUAUACUGUGUGGUGGUGGUGAUAUCUUCUGUUUCCACGAAAUAUUUAAAUGCGACAGAACCAAUCUCCCAGGAAAAUGCACUGACAAGGACUAUAACACUCUACAGGCUCGCGAAGUAGAGUUUCUAGAAGGCGAUAACUUUGAGCGGAUAUUUACUACGUACCUACCCCUUUUUUAUCGCCCCACUCGCCUUUGGCGUGGUAUUGACUUAUUGCUUUCUAGGAACUUGUCGUUGGAUGUCUUCGGGGGUGAUUGGAGGACCGGCGGCAUCGACGUGAAAAAAACCAACACUAUCGUCGAACAAUGGCCAUAUCGUUCCGUAAAGAAAGGAUCCAGAAGGAUCGGUGCUUCGGGAAAUAUGCAGGCGUAUUUGGCAGAGGACAGGUAUCCGGCGUUGAGAUACAUCGAAUGGGAGCGUGUGGGAGACCCGGACCCUGACAUACUUGACUCGCAGUCAAUAGAAGAUGGGCUAUGCUACAGGCACUGGUGGGGAUCUGUCCGUUAGAGGGCUGUGGUUAUUUGGUAUUGGUAUUGGGAUAGCGUAGGCCCAGCGUGAGAUAUUAAUAUUGAAGUGAGAAAAGGGGUUGACGGCCUCGUUAUGGAUAGCGGGAUUAUUAACUCGAUACUUUUUUUAAUGGUAAAAGCUUUUUCGCAG